GUUCUUCUGUCGAUCUAGCAGAUGGAAUAUUAGGUACAUUCGACAAAUUGUCAUCCAAUCAGAAUGCCACUAGCCAGUCACAUGACCAGGAUAGAAAGACGAACAAUCAAACCCUGGGGGACAAGAUGGAGUGUAACCAUAGCAACGAAGAUAGUAAUGGAGAUCAAGUAGUUCCCUCUAUGAAGGAGGAUUUUGCGCAUAAUGAAUUAUUACCACCCCAUAUAUAUGACAAUAAAAAACGGCCAUUAAGUAUCAGCUCAACAUCUUCCUCAUCAUCUUCGACAUCAUCAUUACCACGGCAACUGCGUAAAAAACUUGCGAGUCAUGUGGAGGUUUCAGGAAGCCUAGAGGGAGGGGUGCGUCCCUUGGGGGCAUAUAUAAGACAUGGGGUACAGGAUUUCCCUAUGGAUACCCUGACUGAUGAGGAACAUUGUUCUGAAUUGAACGACAGUGAACUUACCACAGAUCAAAGUACACUUAGUGUUACUACACCUGAAAAAGUAGAUCUCAAAGAUGGACUUGUGUCAUCAAAACGUAAAGGAUCUAUUCACUCGUUACUAAAUGAACCAGUGGAUGCCAACAAGCUUUACAUUGAGAGGGUGGUAGAAGAGAUUCUGUUCACCGAGAGAACUUAUGUCAGAGACCUGUUGGAGAUUAUUGAGGGUUACUAUGCAUACAUCCUUGACACCCCUGAGCUUGAUAUCACCCAGGAGGAUAUAUGCUCUCUCUUCAGCAACAUUGAAGACAUCUACAGGUUUAACAGUACAUUCCUUGAGGGGUUAGAAAGAUGCGGAAACGACCCUGUGAGGAUAGCGGAAUGUUUUGUCUCCCAGAAUGAGGGUUUCCCCAUCUACACCCAUUACUGCACCAACUACCCAGAUGCUGUUGCCAUACUGACCAAGUACAUGCAGGUGAGGUCCACGGCCGAAGUGUUCAAACAGCGUCAGAUGGCUCUGAAGCAUGGCCUCCCACUGGGGUCAUAUCUCCUCAAGCCAGUGCAGAGGAUACUCAAGUACCACCUACUCCUUCAGAAUAUCGUUAAGCGCUAUGAUCAGGAUGCCCCUGGGUAUGACACCCUAGUGGAAGCCUUGGCAUCUAUGACGUGUGUCUCCCAGCAUAUUAAUGAGAUGAAACGCAAACACGAACAUGCAGUCCACGUUCAGGAAAUCCAGAGUAUGCUGUAUGGAUGGGAGGGGGAGGACCUCACCACGUAUGGGGAACUACUCUUAGAGGAUACAUUUCGUAUGUGUGGGGCCAAGGCAUUUCGUCACGUCUUCCUAUUUGAGAAGACUCUUCUUAUCACUAAGAAACGAGAGGAAGGGAUGUUGUCCUGCAAGGCUGCAAUUCUGUGUUCCAAUCUUAUGCUGGUUGAGAGUAUACCAAAGGAACCUCUUAGUUUCCACAUCAUUCCAUUUGACAGUCCCAAAAGCCAGUAUACAUUACAGGCGAAGUCUCUGGAGCAGAAGAGACGCUGGUGCCAAGAGGUAAAGAAGGCAAUACUUGAGAGCUUUAAGUCCAAAAUACCUGAGAAAGCUAGAGAACUUGUCAUGACUCUUGGCCAUAGCAAGGAUGAAGAAGCUGAACUGGAGAAUAAGGACCCCUCUCGGAAGCAACAUCAUGCACCAGAAUAUCUCGAGAAGAGAAAAUCACGCAGGAAGUCAGGUACUUUUAUAUCAGAGUUUAGCCUGCUGAAGUCUCAGCGAUCAUCCCCAAGAGGAAAGAAAGGCUUCACCAGAAAGUUGUCUGUUCCUAACUUUGCAUCAAAGUAUAGUCCAAAAAAUUCUCCCUCCACAGCAAGGAAGCAGAACAGUAAAGAGAACAGCCCUGUGUCAGAAGACACUCUGAAAGAGGAAGAAGAAAAUGCACAAACUGAGGUCCGGGAGCCUGGAUUAAUCGAGCGUCGUAGUCGUAGUAUGGAGAGUAUAUGCGACAGUAAAGACUCUGGUCAAGGAUCAGGGGAGAGUAGUCAUCGGCAGUCCUUGUAUGACUCUGCUGAUGCUGGUUGCUAUGACGAUGCGUGCCCAAGGGCUCACCGUAUCAGUCAGCUUCUAAACAAUGAGGGCCUAGAAAGACAAUUAAGCUCAAAGGACUCCUUGGUAUCAUGGGAUAAAGAACUGGUGUCAUCAGUUCUCAAUGUUCCAAAUAUAAAACGUGCAGAAAGUUACAAAAUGGCGGCCAAAUUAAAUCGUGUGGAUUCUAAAAUCAUACGAGCACAGAUACAAAAAAGACUGAGUAGUACAGACAAUGCUCAAACUGAGACUGAAAUGGAGAUUGAUGAUGAUCUUUAUGAAAUUGUCACAGUGAAACGGCUAGACGACGGUUAUGUGAACAUUGAAUACAAAAAUGAAGGGUCGGAAAAUGAAGAAUCUCCCUAUGCGAAUGUGAUCUUAAGGCAAAGUAAAACAAAUCUAUUAUAUGAUGACAAUGAGAAGGAUUACAUAGUAGUACACACAGACAAUCUCAAAUCUAGUCCAAAUUCAACCCCUUCAAACAAUGAGAAAACUCCUAAAAGUGAGAACUCCACUGCCAAACAUUCAACCCCCAAUAGUGCCAUAAAUGAUGAGGGAAUAUAUGAUAACAUCCAUAGACCAUAUGAUAACAUUCACUUUAAUAUGAGUUAUGAGGAACCCGCUCUUUCUAAUUCCAGACCCCUUAUCUCCCCUAUAGACAUGAAAGCCUUAGAUGAAGUGUUCAAACCCUUACAGAGUCCCCCUGGGACGCUCAAGGCUGUUACAAAACCAGUUGCAUUUAGGCCUGACAGCCCAGACAAAGUGUUGCACUUGACACGUAGUAUGAGCUCUGGAGACACUGAUGACCCUUGGAUACCAAGGGAAUCAAACAACAUCCCAAGGAGCCGAUCUGAUAACACAGAGUUUGAUAGACUUGAGAAAUACUUCCUUGAGACAUCAUUAAGUGCCAAACCAAGGAGGCACUCAAGGGCUAGACAUCAUAGGCAAGUGUCAGAUACAACGGAAAUGUUUUCCAAUAAUUCAGGACUUCUUUCCCCAAAACCUGGCAGACGUGACUUCAGGUACUGUACACCACCAAGAACAUUAGAGGCUGAUUUUAAAGCAGCUAUGUCAGGUGAUAAAAAGUGUGAGCAAAAUAUAAUGCAAAGGUACGGUACUCCCCCCAGAGAAAUCCCAGAACCAGGCAGGUUGCCACAUAGUGUCUCUGUGGAGCCUGCAUGCUCUGUGGAUAACCCUAAGAAAUUGCCAUCUCGCUCCAAGAGUUUCCCAUCCAGGCCUAGGAGAAGUCAAAGUGAAACUGCCAUGUGGAAGGAUAUUGAGGAUUAUUCAUUGAGUGCUACUGAACAUUCCAAUCCAUUGCCAAAAUUCCCUGUCUCCAAUGAUAAGCCAACUCGGCCCUCCAGUAUGUAUAGCCCAGUGUCUAGUAACUCUACAUCCCCCCAGGCCUCAAACACAAGCCCCAGCCAUAGUGCGUCAAGUGAGAGCAUUGUGGGUUCAUUCAAAACUGCCAUGGCUCAACUGACUUCAAAAUUGAAAGGUCGACGUCCCUUGAGUCCUCAUGCCAUAUCAACUGCAAGUAGUUCCCUAGAAUCUAGUCCCUCCCAUAAUAUCCAUACGCCAGAGAGCAUCGAAGAAGAGGGUGAGUUUACAGAGGGUAGCACACAGAGCAGCCCUAAGAAAUAUUAUGUCUAUAAACUAGCCAGACAGUACAGCAAGAAACUGCGCAGUGAAGUGAAGAUGAUUGAAAAGCGAAUCAAUGGACAUGGUGGUAAUAGUAAUGGGGCUAGUGGUGGGAAAUUUAAAAAGGACAAGCAAUUGUUAUCUCUAUUAAAGGACCCAGGGAGUGUAUCCAUUGGGGCAAGAAUGGCAGAGACUAAACCCAUUGUGCUUGGGACCACAUAUUCUCUCCCUAGACAGAGACCACCUCGCCCUAGAAAGGAUAUUAAAAGCCCUGACGUUGAGGCAAACAAAUCAGAUACCUCCAGUCAUGAGGGAACUCCAGAGAGACAUUUUGAACAUAAGAUUGACGAUGACAAUGCUUUGCUUGCUGCCUAUGGACUUGCAGACAACAGUGCAUCAGACUCAAUGGGUAAUGAAUCAGAUGCAAGUUUCUAUGAAAAACAAUUAACAGAUGUAUUGGAAAGAAGUGUUGAUACAACACCCAAUGGAGGAAUAUCACAUGACCAAAAUACACCAAUCAAAUCGAACGCCACCAAUGAGAAUGUUUCCCAUGACUCGGCAGUAUAUAGUGAUAAUGACACUGACCACCAAGAUAGUCUCAUAAAGAGCACGAUCAAAGACACGGUUAAAAAUAUAGAGGAAAAAUAUAGAAAUCGGCCAAUUAGGAAGUCUGACACACACAAACGUGCACGGACUCCUGGUAUAGAAGAAAAACUGCAAGCUCUCAAAGAACAUGUAGAGGGUAACAUCACGAAAACUGAUAUUGAUGAUUUGCCUCAAACUACUUCAGUCCGAGAUAGGAAGAUUGAAUUAAUUAGAAAUUAUCAAAUCGGGGAUUCAGUGAACCGUGUUGACCGAUACCGUUCAAGGACACCAUCUAGUGGUACAGGGACCCCUGGGAGCCCAUACUUUGAUAUGUCAGGCUCACAAAGCGAGGAUGAUGCUCUAAGAUCUGUUCAUGUUAGAGAUGUGAUUCAUAAAUUCCAGAAUGAAACAUCUGAAAGUGAAUCCUGAAAUUCUGUUCUUAGAGUAAAGUUUCAGACAAUUUCAUGAGGCGACGUUUGAAAAUGGGAAGUGAUGUUUACACUUUAAAAUAAACUAUUUUGUGAAUAUCUAUUAUGUAAUGAUGACUUUUUAUACCAAUCUGUAACAUAAUCAGGUACUAUAUCAGCAUUUAUGAUUCAUAUUGCUCCAUAGGUGAAGACUGGUUUCAAUGUACUGGAAGUCGUUUUAAACAAGACAUAAAUUGAUGCAUACACACACAUGAAAAAAUGGAUGCUGAACAGAAAAUGAUUGGGUUUCUAAGUCACUCUGAUCUCGCCAGGUUUUUCCCAAAUGGUGCGCUUAAUCCUCAUAUUACCUCUUUUGGUUAAACAGUGUGAUUAAUUUAUCCUUUUGACAGGAUGCAAACAGAUUCUGAGAACAUUUGCAUCUAGUAUUUCAAUUAACAACACCAUGUUGCUGCAAUGUUGGCCUUGGGGAGACAGAGUCACUCAGAAUUGCACAAACUUUGUUUUAGUUUUUUUACAUUCAUAUUGUGUGUGUAUGUGUGAACCUAAAAAGACAAUGUUCAGCAUCAAUGUACGUGAAAGGGUAGUUUUCAAAAGAACUGUCUUUGUAUUUCAAUGUAUUUAUUAUCAUGUAAUAUUGUAUUUCUAUGUGUAUCCCAAGCUUUUCUUACUGACUUCCUAUUUGCCUCAUUAGUUCAUAACCACCAUUGACGUGAGGCACUCCCUUUGACAUUUCAUAGAAAUUAAAUGUUUUUAGUUCAGAAAAUAUAGACCAAAUCAUUUAAGUCGUAAAAUGUAACAGGGAGUGCCUUAAACAUGUACUAAUGAUAUCCUAUAAUCCACUAAGAAUAUUUAAACAACUUUUGAUUUUCUGAGUACAUUUAAGAUUUGAUCGAUAAAAUGGAACUUUGCUUUUAAAUGCACAAAUGCUGCUUCAACGUACAGUACAAUGUAAUUGUGUUAUAGUAUAUGUUCGAAGAAAUGUAUUUUGUGUGUGAUUUAUUUAUGCUGUCUGUACUACAUAUAUAUAUGUAUACAUGUAAAAUAUUGUGAAUGUGAGGUGAUACACAUUGUAGUGUUAGCCUAUGUAGAGAUAAAGACACAUGCAUUUCAAAUUGAUAAGAAUGUCAAAAACUUCAAAGGAAGUGAAAUGAAUUGAAAAAAUAUUAAUUUGACUUCAGAAGUCUAUACAGAGAAUUUUAUUUUGUUUAAUUUAGUAUAAACCAAAACCAUUUGAGUUGUUUUAAUUUAUAUAUACAUUUUUAAUCAAUUCAAAUUUCAACCAUUGAACUGUUUCUAAAUGCUGCCUUAUUAUGAGGAGUUGAAUUUUAUAAAUGUUGAAUGUAAAUGUACAAGCCUUUCAAAUGCCAUGUUUUCUGUUCUGUCUGCUUCCAUACAUGCCAUAAAUGUAUUUACAGUUCAAGCUCACAUUUGAGAGAUUGGCACCUGAAUCACCAUGUUAUGUGUAGAAAAGAAUAGAAACCAUGCCAUUCAAAAGGAAUUAAGUCCACUUUGUGUGGGGCCUUAGACUUUAAGGAUUUCAGGCCAAGACAUUAAAAUAAUUUGAUAAUGAGUUGAAGGACCUGUUAGAACAGGUGGACAAUGAUAUAUAAUGUACAAAUAGUUAGGCUAUAAAUCUUUGAAUAUCCACUGUACAGCAUGGCCAAAUUUUUGCAAACAAGGGAACAUAAGCUCAUAUGUGACCACUGGAUCAAUUGUAACCAAUAGAUCAAUGUUCCAAUAGGUUAUCUGUAUCCAAUGGAUCAUGUGUUUAUCCAAUGGAACAUGUGCAUCCUAGAGAAUUGUGUGGGCCAUGUUUAUCUAAUGGACCAUGUGUAUCCAUUUGAUCUUGUCUAACCAAUGAAUCAUGUGUUUCCA